AUGGCCUGGAUACCUCUCCUCUUCUUCCUCCUUCAUUGCACAGGAUCUUUCUCCCAACUUGUGCUGACUCAGUCACCCUCUGCCUCUGCCUCCCUGGGAGCCUCAAUCAAAAUCUCCUGCACCUUGAGUAGUCAGCACAGCACCUACAGCAUUGGUUGGCUCCAGCAACAACCAGACAAGGCUCCUAAGUAUGUGAUGUAUCUGAGUAGUGAUGGAAGCCACAACAAGGGGGAUGGGAUCGAUGGAAGCCACAGCAAGGGGGAUGGAAUCCCUGAUCGCUUCUCUGGCUCCAGCUCUGGGGCUGAUCGAUACUUAAGCAUCUCCAACAUCCAGUCUGAGGAUGAAGCUGACUAUUACUGUGUUUCAGCUGAUAGCGAUGGCUGA